AUGCGGAAUCCUGAGUUAGAGAAGUUAAACAAUGGUGGCUUUUGGCAGCUGGAUGAAAUUUACACAGAAAAUCAACUUCGGCUACCAUGGUCAGGUGGUGAGCAAAGCAGUCAAUAUGGCCAACCUAACACUCAAUCCCACGAGUUCUUCCAGCCAUUAGAAUGCAAUUCCACUUUUCAAACAGGGUACAAUCCUGCAGGUUCAACCCAGAUAGCUGCUGCGGCAAAUGUCCAGAAUGUCAAUGGGUUAAUCCCUGGGUGGAUGCUGUGA